UAUCUUUUCAAUAUUACAUGCCAAGACCAUCCAGGCUCGUUUUUUCACAACUUCGACACUAAUGUGUGUUAUUUAGACAUAGCACUCUACCUGUUUUCCUCAACGUUUACAUUCACAAUCUUACUUAGCUUGAUACCACUUCUCUAUGUCAGGCUUUACUGGAAAUUUAAGUAUGGCUACUAUGUGUUUCGAUCAUGGUUUGGAGAACAGUGGCGCCGUUUAAGGGACCAGGAGGAGAAAUACAAGUAUGAUGCCUUCGUUUCCUACAACUCAGCAGAUGAAGACUGGGUAAUGGAACAGCUGCUGCCAAACCUUGAGGGUUCUUCAUUUCGGCUCUGCCUCCACCACAGAGAUUUCGAGUUAGGCCGCGAUAUUGUCGACAACAUUGUGGCUGCCGUAUACGGCAGUCGCAAAACGAUCUGUGUGGUCAGUCAGAGCUUCCUUCGCAGUGAAUGGUGCUCACUGGAGAUCCAGUUGGCCAGCUAUCGUCUCUUUCAAGAAAUGCAGGAUGUGCUUUUGCUGGUUUUUCUGGAGCCUACCCCUGAGCGGCAACUGUCCACUUAUCACCGUAUGAGGAAGGUCAUGCUCAAAAAGACUUAUUUGCAGUGGCCUGGGCCAAACUGUUCAGAUCCAAACAGUGCAAAAGAACUGUUCUGGAAUCAGUUAAAGAGAGCACUAAGGAGCAGCAACACUGGAAGCCAAGAGGAGCAGAAGAUGAAGGAGCAGAAUGAUCAGAGGAGACGAGACAAAGAGGGUACGGACAAGGAGGAAAGAGAAUAUUGUGUGAAUCAGACACCAACAGAUGAUGAAGUAUAUUACCUGAUGCCCUGAUUACAAUGACAUAUGUAAGACCACAUUGAAUCUGUACAAUAUAAGAACAAAUUUAAUGAACUUCAAUAAAAGUAAAUUAAAAGGCUGUAAAUUCUG